AUGUUUGCUGUAAAGGGCUGGUCGGUUUCGGCUGACAAGCUCAAGGCCGAGACAGCUACAGGGGCUGCGCCAGCACCCAAUGCCGCAGACUCUGACCCCAAGGCCGCCUCAAAGAAGCGCAAGCGGCCGCAGGCGGAUGUGACGAGCCUCAACGUGGCAGAUCUCUGGGAAAAGGUCAUCGAGGGCAAGCCCGCCGCUGGGGACAAGAGGAAAGCAAAGACGCAGCAGGCCGGUGAUGCUCAGAAGCAAGGCCCAAGGGACAAUGGCAAGAAGGGCGGCAAGGCCGCUGCCGCGAAGAACAAGAAGGCUCGGAGCGACAACGAGCCGGCGGCUGGAGGCCAAGACCAACAGCAACCAAAGAAGGACAAGUCCUCACAACAGACAAACCCGCAGACGACCCUCGCCAUGGCGACCACGGCAGUGCCAUCUCCAGGGCCCAAGAUGACGCCUAUGAUGAUCAAGAUGCAGGAGAAGCUCGUUUCGUCACGGUUCCGCCAUCUCAACGAGCUGCUGUACACGCGGCCAUCCGCGGAAGCGUUCCAGCUGCUUGACAAGGAGCCAGAGAUGUUUAGCCAGUAUCACGAGGGGUUCCGGCGCCAGGUCGACGUCUGGCCAGAGAAUCCCGUGGACGGCUACCUCGAGGACAUCAAGAAGCGCGCACAGAUCAAGGCCCCGCACAAGGGCAAGCCUGGUGGUGGUAAUGGCCGGAGCAGCAGCAGCAACAACACCAGCUUCGCCCAGGAACCUCUACCUCGCACCAGCGGGACCUGCACGAUAGCGGAUCUCGGAUGCGGCGACGCCAAGCUCGCCUCGGAGCUGCAGUCGAAGAAGAAGGCCCUCCGCCUCGACAUCCUGAGCUACGACCUGCAGUCGCCCAGCCCGCACGUCACGCGCGCCGACAUUGCCAACCUGCCUCUGGCCGACGGCAGUGUCAACGUGGCCAUCUUCUGCCUCGCCCUCAUGGGCACAAACUGGCUCGACUUCGUCGAGGAGGCGUACCGCGUGCUCCACUGGAAAGGCGAGCUCUGGGUCGCCGAGAUCAAGAGCCGGCUAGGCCACGUUGGCGCGCCCGGUGGCAAGAGGGCACCCGGCGGCGGAGGCGGCGGCAACAACGUGGUCACCCACAGCGUAGGCAACAGGAAGAAGGCCGCUGCGGCAGCCAACAACAAAAAGGCCAUGAGCAAGGACGCCGAGGCCGCCGACAAGGCCCGCGAGGCCGCGCUGGCCGUCGAGGUCGACGGGGCCGAGGACAGGCGCAACGAGACGGACGUGCGCGCCUUCGUAGAGGCCCUCCGCAAGCGCGGCUUCGUCCUGCAGGGGGAGGCCGACCUGCGCAACAAGAUGUUUGUCAAGAUGCACUUCGUCAAGGCCGCCCCCGCGACCGUCGGGAAGAACGCGUUCCCCCCGGCAGGCGGCAACCCUGGCGGGGAUAACAAUGCCUCUGGUCCUAUCCGGGGCCGCGACUCCCGCAUGGGCCGGGUCUCGGCAAAGUUUGUCGAGAGCGCCGACGACGAGUCUAGCAAGGCUGCCGAGAGCGGGAUUCUCAAGCCUUGCCUGUACAAGAUUCGGUAG